AUGGACGCCGUCUCCGCCCUUGUGCUGCCUGUCCUGUCUGUUCUGUCUGUUCUGUCUGUUCUGUCUGUUCUGUCUGUUCUGUCUGUUCUGUCUGUUCUGUCUGUUCUGUCUGUUCUGUCUGUUCUGUCUGUUCUGUCUGUUCUGUCUGUUCUGUCUGUUCUGUCUGUUCUGUCUGUUCUGUCUGUCCUGUCUGUCCUGCCUGUCCUGCCUGUCCUGCCUGUCUUGCCUGUCCUGUCUGUCCUGUCUGUCCUGUCUGUCCCGCCUGUCCUGCCUGUCCUGCCCCGUCUCGUCCUCGUCGCCGCCGCCGCCACCGCCGCCCACGGCCCCCUCCCCAGCACCAACAUCGCCAAUGCCAACGACACGCUGAUCUCGCAGAAGCUCUUCUGGGAGCUCGAGCAGCUCGCGCGCAUCGUCGACAUCUCCUACUGCGUGGGCACCGCCGGCCUCGGCAUCCAGAAGCCCUUCCAAUGCGCCAGCCGCUGCUCUGACCGCGACUUUGAGCGCUUCGAGCUGGUCACGGCAUGGAACACAGGUCCCUUCCUGUCCGACUCCUGCGGCUACAUCGCCCUGUCCCACGCCCCUGCGAACCCCCGCCUCAUCCUCGCCUUUCGAGGCACCUACUCGCUCGCCAACACCAUCGCAGACCUCUCCACCAUCCCCCAGGAAUACGUCCCCUACCCCGCCGACGACCAUGACGGCGCCACGUCCCACUACCUCGCCCCGCAUCUGCAGUCCUCUGCCCCGUCUGACCGAGACCCACCGCCUGCAGACCCCCCCAAGUGCACAAACUGCUCCGUGCACACGGGCUUCUACUCCUCCUGGCUGAACACCCGCAAACUCGUCCUGCCUCACGUCGCCGAGGCGCUGGACAAGUAUCCCAACUACCAGCUCGUGCUGGUGGGCCACUCGUUGGGUGGUGCCGUAGCCACGCUGGCCGCUCUGGACUUCAAGGCGCGUGGAUGGCACCCUCGCGUCACCACCUUUGGCGAGCCACGACUUGGAAACAAGAACCUCAACGCCUACAUAGACGCCCGUUUUAACACCACCGCCGACCACGACGCCAACACCUUCCACCGCGUCACCCACGUUGGUGACCCCGUGCCCUUGCUGCCUUUGGAAGAGUGGGGCUACUCCAUGCACAGCGAGGAGCUCUUCAUCUCGGAACCGAGCCUGCCCUUCUCCUUGGCCGAUGUACACUACUGCCACGGCGACCGGGACCCGCACUGCAUUGAGGGCAGUGACGACGACCGCCCUGCAUGGGGCGUGCCUACGCGCUUCAAGUUCUGGCAGCUCUUCUUUGCGCACCGAGACUAUUUCUGGCGUCUUGGCCUGUGUCUCCCUGGUGGCACCCCAAAGGACUGGUACAGGAAGUUUCCCAAGCACAGCAGUGACGACGAUGAUGACCGUGUACAAGAGAUGAACGAACUGUAA